UCCACCUAUCCAUGACUGGGAGAGUAGACAUCUUUUAUAUUUUAAUAUUUGGCCUACGUAGGACCAUUCCUUUUGGCUUUUCUUUCUAAAGCAACACAAUCAGUCUUAAAAAAUUACAUGUUUAGCUAUGCAUUUAAAAAGAGAGACUGGUUUAGGAGGUUGGAUAACUGUGCCUGGCGUAACGGAUGUUCUUAAAUAUUCCUGCCUUAUUUGUUGGUCUUCUAGGGAAAAGAACAAUGUGGAGCAAGAUCUGAAGGAAAAAGGAGAGACAAUCAAGCAGAAGACAAGUGAAGUCCAGGAUCUUCAAGAUGAAGUAAGAAGGGAGAGCAAUAACUUGCAGAACCUUUUGACUCAGAAGCAGGAGGCAGAAGAAAUCCUAAAUGGUCUAGAAGAAAAGAAAGCCUGGUUAGAAGAGCAGCUUAGUAUGAUACGGCAGAAAUGUACAGAAGAAGUUGAUCUAAUUACAUCUCUAAAAAAAGAAAUAGCAGAGCAAGAAUCAAAAAUCUCUGGAUAUAAGGAUGAUUUGAGUAAAGCUCAAGAAGAGCUCAGCAGGCUACAGCAAGAAGCUUCAGAGUUAGAGAAAAAUGUGGAGGAAGGAAAAUUGCAAUUAGCACCUCUCCAGCAGGAUCUUCAAGACUCCCAACAAGAUAUAACUUUAGUGCAAGAAAAAUUACUGGAGCUCAAACAGUUGGAAAACAGCCAGUUUAACUGGGAAGCCCAACCACAUGGCAUAUUGAUUAAUGGGAAUGCAGAUCACUCUAGCCUCAGCAACAGCAGCAGUGAAACUGUUAACUUAAAUGAGAAUGCUGAAAGAGAGAAUCCAGCAGAUUCUGAACAAGUAAAUUAUGAAACUCCUGCUAGAAAUAGUCCUGAAACAACACAUGUAGAUACAGAAGAGGAAAAAGAGGCACUGCCAUGGGAUGUGACCAAAAAAGCGGAUCUAGUAAAUGAAGACUCCCAUCAACCAUCUGAUCAGACAACAGAAGCCAACUUAGACUUUUUUGAGUCUGAUCCCUUCGUUGGUAAUGAUCCUUUCAAGGAUGACCCAUUUGGCAAGAUUGAUCCUUUUGGUAGUGAUCCAUUUAAAGGUUCAGAUCCUUUUGCUGCUGACAACUUUUUUAAGCAGUCAUCCUCAGAUCCCUUUGGGAAUAUUGAUCCAUUCAGUGCAACCAACAACAAUUCCACAACAGAAACACUGAAACAUAAUGAUCCUUUUGCUCCUGGUGGAACUACUGUGACUGCAUCAAGUGAUCCAGCUACAGAUCCCUUUGCAUCUUUGUUUGGAAAUGAAUCAUUUGGCUGUGAUUUUGCUGAUUUCAGCACUUUGUCAAAGACGAACAAUGAGGAUCCUUUUAAUUCAUCCGCAAAUGUUAACAAUAUAGUUAUAACAAAAAAUUUGUUCGAGGAAGCUCCAGUCAAAAAUGAAGAUAUUCCUCCUGCUUUGCCUCCUAAAACUGGAACACCUACCAGACCUUGUCCUCCCCCACCUGGAAAAAGACCUAUCCACAAAUUGGAGUCUUCAGAAUCUUUUAAAUUGAAUGAUCCUUUCCAACCUUUCCCAAGUUCUGAUGGUUCCAAAGGAAAGGAAGCUGAUCCAUUUGCUCCUAGUGGAGUAGGCAAAGAGAUGGAUUCCAGCAAUUUUGCUAAUUUCAAUACUUAUCCUACUGAAGAAGAUAUGAUUGAAUGGGCAAAAAGAGAAAGUGAGAGAGAGGAGAAAGAGCGACUAGCAAGAUUGAAGCAGCAAGAGCAAGAAGAUUUAGAACUAGCAAUUGCACUCAGUAAAUCUGAAAUAUCAGAAGCAUGAAGGGUUGCCUCAAAUAUUUCUACUUUUCCCUGGAUAUCUAAGCUAUACGUAAAGUAAAUCAGAAGUUACAUAUGAAUGGGAAAGUCAAAAAGGCUUUAAAUCCGGCAAAUGUGAUUUUUUGAGCAAUUAUCUUAUUUGUAACUUUUUCAUAUCCAUUAUUUUCAUUUGGCAAUUGUUUAAUAUAGCAAUUUUCCAUUUGUACUUACCUUGGAAUUCUUCUGUACUGUACACUAUUGCACCAAAGUAGCUUAUUUUAACAUGUAAAAAAAGAAAACCCUGAUAACUCUACAUUUUUAAAUUUGAACACAGAUGCAAAACAAUAUAUUGUGGACAAUUUUAAAAGACAAAUAUGUUUCAUGCAAAGUACAUUUUUCUAUGUGUAAUAUAUUCUUUGCAGUGUGAAAAUCUUUAAAAAUGCAGGUGUGCAUAACUGUGAAGUGAACACACUUUGUUCUUUAAAGAUGGCUAGGUCACAUAUAAGAGAUCUAUGUUCUAAAAUAUUCAUAGAUGGCAUGUUUUAUGUCUCUUCAGAAGGGUCCUAUUUGCAAUUUCUAUAAUACUGAGUUAUUUUAGUUCUUCCAGGUGGCCUGCAUUUGGCCUGUAAGUAAAACUGGCGAUAUAGUUAAUCAAAUUAUAGUUAUUUAAAAAGAAAAAUCUAGCUUGCAAAUAUUCAGGUAAUUAAAAAUUCUGAUAAUCCUGCUUUGUAUUGAAAUAUUCAUGUCUGGCAUUACAGUAUUAAAAUUUAUAUUUUAUGUUUUACAGAGAUAGCAUUUCAUCUUAAAUAUAUGAAAUGAUUUAUGCUUCUUGUGUUCUUUUUACUGGAAGCUCCAAUACUGGACUGGAGAUCAAAAUCCCCCCCACAUACACACACCGCAUUACUGCCUUUUGCCUGACCAUUAAGAGUCUAAAGAAAUUUGGACAUUUUCCAGGGAGAUAAUAAAAUUAGACUGGCCAAAUUCAGUGUCAAGAAUUCUGAUGCUAAUUGAGCCAGUUUCUUUUGUGAAAUAUGCAAAAAAAAAUUGGUGAUUUGACAGCUGAAUUUGAAAUAAAGUAGGAAGUAGACUGCACAAAAGAUAACUUACAACAGUCAGUUACUGUUGUGUAUAAUUUAUUGAAUGCCAACUGAUGGUUGCACCUUAAAUUAAAUACCCUUAUGUGGUCACGGAGUCAAAAUAAGAUUGAAUGUUAAAGAAAAAUAAGUUAUUUCCUAUUCUAUAUAAUGUGUUACAUAGUGCAGAGUGUUGAAUUCAUUCCAGAUACCUUCCUUUUUACUCUGAAAUGCUUAGUUAGGCUGCAGGCUUACAAAAUAGGUGGUCCUAUGUCAUCACCACCCCACUCUAAUGCAUGAUAUGGUAUUUAUAACUAAAUUUGGUAUUUUUUUUCUUCAGCUGCAAAAGAUUCCAUAAUUGCCACUGUCAGGAUAAGGUAUUUCCAUUUAUCUGUGGAUGCUGCUGUCAAGAAUCUUUUGAAGAAAGUAGUGUUUCCUCAUUUUUUAAAAUAUUAGUUUGAAUAAACUUUCUCUUUUGCACUGAGAAAUGAGAAUUUAAACACCUAAUAAACAAAAUAAAACCUCUUGCCAAGUAUUAAUAACCUUAAUUUUCUCAUGGACUUUCAUGGCAUUAAUCAUACAAGUUGUGUGGUUAACUGCAUUUCUUACUUUUAAAUGUAUACUUGGUGGACCAAUACAUUAUCUGUGUCACUCAUAGUCAUGUAUACAUGUAUGUGUAUAUAUGUACACAAACAUUACUUCAUUCAGGCAUAGGAUUAAAAGUUCUGAGUCACCUGAUGUGACAUUUUGUGUUACUGAUGGUUCACAGAACUUUUACUCAAAGUAUCUCAAUAAACCACUGCUAUGUCAGCUUUGAUGGCAUUACUACUAAAGUUCUAAAAGGCUUCUAGGAACUUUUUCAGGCGGGGUUAGCCUCUAUUUAUAGACUUUGUUUAAAAAUUCUAAAUACAGCCUGUAAUUAUGAAUUAAACUGUUUAAGUAUAUAUGAUGAGCCUAGAGAGUUUUUUUUAUGUUUUAUGUAAGGCAUAAAGCAUCGCAUCUUUGGAUCACUGUUCAAAAAUUACUUCACCUGAUACAAAUAUAUAAGUGAAAAAAAUGCUUCAACUAAUACUUCUCAAUACCAGAAAUGUGCUCCAACCUCCAAAUUAAACUGCCAUCUCCUAUUAGUAUGACAUUAGAUUUGCAGACCAACCAAUUCCAAUAUAGUACAUGAGAAUGCCAUCUUUAAAACUCACUCUGAAAUAGAAAGCAAGAAAAAGAUAAAUACUGGUCUUUUCAAUAUCUUUAUAUUUCAAUAUUACAAAGCAUGGAACUUUAUAAUUGAUGAUCUUUUGAAAAAUCACCUUUUAGAUUGUUACAUGAUGAUUAUACAGUUCCAAUAUGGUCUGCAAUAAAACAUCUGUAUCAAUAA